AUCUUCUCUUUCCAGGUUCACCAUAUCCACUUCCACGGAUGCCUCCCAGACUCCCAUUCCAGCCACGGGCACUCCGACUUGCGCCAAUUACCCCGCUCGCAGGCCCCUCGAGGCUCCUGGCAACCGCCCCUCCGACAAACUCCAAGCCAAAAGGUAAAUCACCCGCCUCGGGCGACAUUCCCCCCCUUCAGCGGCCACCCGGAACCCCUAUCAAACCCAGUUCAUCUCCUAAAUCAUGGCAGCAGAAGAAGGAUGAGAUGCUCGAUGAUGACCGUGCGAAAGCCAAGAGGAAGGCGUUAUUACAUGAAGCGAAGCAAGGGUAUUUCCACGAUUAUAAUCAAGCUAGAACAGCAAGGGGUGGUAAACUCUGGAUAGCGCCGAAUGUUCUCAUUCGCGAAGACAAAGCAAACUACUUCCCCGACAUUUCUGGUAAAUCCCUUCUUGGACAGAAUGUCCAUACAACGGACUUGUUCAGGGGCAAGGCAACACUUGUGGCUAUCAUCUCCACCCGAUUAUCAGAAGAGCACGUUCAGUCUUUCGUUCAGCCUGUACUGGAGGAUUUGGAAGGGCACCCGGAUUUCCAGUAUCUUACUAUCAACCAUCAACCCAACGCUCUCAAAUCUCUCCUCGUAUCCUUCUUCACCUCUUCCCUCAAACGUAUUAUCCCUGAACACCAGUGGCCUACAUAUCUAAUCUCCACCGGCUCCUGGUCGCCUAUCGACGUCAUCCAGCCUCUCGGACUUGGUAACAGUCUAUUGGGGUACAUCUUCUUAGUGGAUCAUAACGCUAAAGUGAGGUGGGCGGCGUGUGGGCUCGCGACUGAGGAGGAGGUAAAGAACUUUAGGAGGGCAGCGGCAGUACUGGUUGGAAGGAUGAAAGGUGGAGUUGGGGCUGGGGCUGUGGCUGGGAGUAAAGCGGGGGAAAAGGCGGUAGAAGGGGUGGUGGACCCUGCAUUGAGCGGAUCACAUUAGAAUCAUGUAGAAUGCACGACGAACACACUAAAGCAUAUCCUGUAUACAGAUAGAAAUUCAUGACAGCUUGUCAAAAACGU